UACUUUAUGAAUAGUUUAUCAAUCAAAUUGGACUAAACUUCUCUGUUCGCCUUCUUCCAGUUCUGGAACUUUCUUCUAACUGGGAUUAAUACCGCAAAAAAUGCCAUCCAUGGCCAUGGCUAAGGUAAGAAUAUGUCGUUGCCUUUUUUCAUCUAAACAUUCAUCAUCCCUGUCUUUCUUCAUUAGAAAAGCCUAUUUCUUCCCACUUCGAACGUUUCUCAACAACUCAAACCCCACUACUUCCUCUUCAUUUUAUCUACCCACUGCAACCCAUAGUAGAUUUACAAUACUCUCAUCCCCCUUCUCUUCCUCUCCCCGCACCCCAAACCAUACCAAAAUUAACACCAAGGUCAACUUUUCUCCCCCUGACUCAGACUCUGAAGAUGAACAAGAACAAAAAAACAAUUCCAAACAAGAAUUUGACAAAUCCAAAUUCCGUCCUCCUUACGACCCCUUUAACAAGAAACCGGUUAUCGAAGAAGUGGAAGACCCCAAAAACCUGCAACAAGUGUUCCACAAUAUGAGAGGAGACAGCCUAAUCAACAAUGCUGUUAAGAUGUUCGAUGCAUUGUCAAAAGACGGACUGACCCAUGAAGCAUUGGAACUUUUUUCAGAGUUUAAAGAUAAGGGCCAGAUGCCGGACGUUGUUGCUCAUACAGCAGUUAUUGAAGCUUAUGCCAACGCGGGACAGAGUAAAGAAGCUCACAAAAGUUAUAUGCGGAUGUUGGCAUCUGGGGUUGCACCCAAUGCUUACACUUAUACUGUUCUCAUCAAAGCUCUUGCCGCUGCUGAUGCUAAACAUCUUGUGGAUGCAAAAAAGUAUUUGAUGGAGAUGAUAGGGAAAGGGAUGAGGCCUAAUGCACUUACUUACACGGCGGUUUUUGAGGCGUUUGCGAGGGUGGAGAAAAUGGAGGAGGCCAAGGAGUUUUUGGGGCAGAUGAAGGAGAAGGGAUUUGCGGCUGAUGAGAAGGAUGUGAGAGCGGUUCUUAGAAAUAAGAGAGGGCCAGUAUUUCGAAGCAUUAUGAGUGUGCUGUUUGAUAAAUGAUUAGACAAGUUUUCUUGGUCGGUCUUAGGCUCUUGAAUUUGCUGCUUGUUUUCCUUUUCCCCAUAAUGCAUGCUCAGCCAAAUCUUAGAUUGAUCCCUUUGCAAUCGUAUUUUAUGGUGGCAUAAUGAAAACUGAUUCCAUCUGUUGAAAUCAAGCAAAGACCAACAGGUAAGCUGUCUCUAUCGGGGAUCCUAACCCAAUGGAUUCCCUUAUUUACCUAAUCCGUUGCUAUUUGGGACUAACAAUUUCAGCCGAGCAAUCAAAUAAAAGACAAACCAACACAACAUAUUCCCAUUGUAUCGAAAUCUCUUAACAAUGUUGACCCCUGCUACAAUACUAGUAGAUCGCAAGUCACAUUAACAGAUUCCUCUGCUUGUGCAAAACCAAGAUAAUGGUUUUUCAAACAACUAUUGAGUUGAAAAUUAGAGAAAUACAAGUAUGCUUAAUCAACAAAUAGUCUACAAUUGGAAGACCGGUUUUGAAAUACUCCUUAUUCUUUCGUGUA